GUUGAUAUUUUUCAACAUCUCCGUAUUAAUUUUCGUUUGUUUUUGGGUUGAGGAGAUUGAUUUCUACCCGACAGAAGAAGAAGAAGUAGAGGAAGUAGAAGAUGGUUGAAUACAAUCGCCAGCCCUGUCCCAUACGCAUUGUGGAGGAUUGCGGUUGUGCCUUUAUGAUGGGCUGUAUAGGUGGCUCAAUGUUUCAGUAUGCUAAGGGUUUCCGGAAUUCGCCAUCGGGCAUAAUGCGUGGCUUUUAUGGCGGCAUCGAUUUGAUGAAAAUGAAAACGCCAGCAAUUGCCGGAAGUUUUGCCAUCUGGGGCGCCACAUUCAGUACUGUGGACUGUGCCAUGGUUGCCUAUAGACAGCGCGAGGAUUCGUGGAAUUCAAUUGUAAGUGGAGCGGCAACAGGUGGCAUUCUGGCAGCGCGUAACGGCCUGAAGGCAAUGGCUAAUAGCGCUCUGGUCGGUGGCCUUGUGUUGGCCAUGAUUGAAGGUGCCGGCGCUGCUGUAGCCACCAUUUAUGCUGCAGAGCCAUCUGCUUCAUCAUCGGAGGGUAGUUCUCGCAAGCAAAUUGAACAUCAGCGUCCGCAAUGGGAAGUGGCCAAUACGGAAACGGAAAUACGAACGGAUGAUGCAGGAGCUGCUAAACAAGAGCACGAUUGGUCUGAUUUUGAGAGAGUUCUAACCAAAUUUCGUCCCAUGCAAAAUACUGGCAUAACCAUGCCCACAUGGAAUACUAAACAACAACAACAACAACAUGACACAAAGAAGCCACUGCAAUCAAAAAACUUGAUGUUGGAGCAGAAUGUGGACCAUCCCAAUCAUCACACAACCAUGCCGCAGUCGUAUUCCCUGCUUGAGCUCGUAAAACAGGCCAAUUUGUUUUAAUCUCAGUUUUAGAAACCUGCCCAAAAAUGUAAAUAGAUUCAGGCACUAUGCAUUUGUGCCUUCUUCUUCAUCGCAAGAGUUUCCAAAUUAUGUACAUGUAUUGCCUUUAAAUCAGACAAAAUCAAUUAUCCCCGUCGUAGUACUGUAUUUUACGUGUCGUGAUAUCAGCUUUAGUAAAGACUUCUCCAGUCAUGGUCUCUCGUGUGAGCCGAAAUUCA